CAACAACGAGCGCUACCCCAAACCAGCACCCCGAAACGAAGCCUCCAAACCCCGCACCCUGUGCUGGCUUUGUGGUGCUCUGCAUUGGACCCGGGACUGCACCUACAGAACCAACAAGUGCCGAGAUUGUGGACGUACAGGUCAUCGAGAGGGUUUCUGCAACUCGUCACAACGGCGCAGAGGACGACCGCGAUUCGAUCAUCGCCGUGCAGUGUCAUCGCGAGUAGUACGUGUCAACGUAUGCAGCGUGCAGCAGAAGCGGAAAUUUGUCAGCAUACUCAUCGGAGAGAAGCCAGCUCGACUACAGCUAGACACCGGAUCGGACAUCACUGUCAUUAACCAGCAACUAUGGAAGCAGUUGGGUAAGCCUCACCUCAACCCACCCAAGGUAAGAGCGAAAGCAGCUACUGGUGAAGUUUUCGGCCUUCAAGGUGAGUUUGAAGCGAACGUGAGCAUUAAUAAUACCACCAAGCAAGCGACAAUUCGCGUGUCAAAAGCGGAUGUGUCAUUGUUCGGGGCUGAUUUAAUUCAUCUUUUCGGCUUGGGGACCGUCCCGAUGGAUAGCUAUUGCAAUCACAUAGGCACAGCUGAACCACGAUCCUGGGAGAAAGAAUUUCCUUCGCUUUUUAGUGGAACGGGCCUGUGCACCAAGGCACAAAUUCACCUAGAGCUGCAACAAGGGAGCAGACCAGUUUUUCGACCGAAACGUCCGGUUGCAUACGCGAUGGAAGAUGCUGUAAAUAAAGAGUUGGAUCGGCUUGAGAAUCUAGGCAUCAUCAGUUCCUGCGACUAUUCGGAUUGGGCAGCACCAGUCGUAGUGGUUCGAAAGGCGAACGGCAAAAUACGGCUUUGCGGAGACUAUAGCACCGGACUCAAUGCAGCAUUACACCCGCACGAAUAUCCGCUUCCUUUACCCCAGGACAUUUUUUCUAAGCUAGCCCGUUGCGUAAUAUUUUCACAAAUUGAUUUAUCCGAUGCAUUUUUGCAGGUAGAAAUAGAAGCAAAGAGCCGACCCCUGCUGACAAUUAAUACGCAUCGUGGUCUAUACCAUUACAACAGGCUUCCUCCAGGCAUAAAAGUGGCCCCUGGUGCUUUUCAGCAGAUAAUGGAUAAAAUGCUCGCCGGGGUAAAUGGAGUAUCUGCUUACAUGGAUGACGUAAUAGUUGGAGGGAAAACACAGGAAGAGCAUGAUGCAGCUCUUGAAGAAACGCUGAAGCGCAUAAGGGACUAUGGGUUUACCAUCCGGAGUGAAAAGUGCGCAUUCAACAAGUCGGAAAUACGCUACUUGGGGCAUAUCAUCGACAGCCGAGGCCUACGACCCGACCCGGCAAAGAUCGACGCCAUCAAAAAUUUGCCAGCUCCAAAAGAUGUAACAGGCGUUCGAUCAUUCAUCGGUGCGAUAAAUUUUUAUGCCAAGUUUAUCCCCAACAUGCGUAACUUGCGCUACCCAUUGGAUAAGUUGCUGCUAGCCGGAAGUGUGUUCCAGUGGACACCCGAAUGUCAGAAAGCUUUUGACCAAUUUAAAGCCCUCUUGUCCACGGAGCUCUUGCUCACACACUACGAUCCAACGCGCGACAUAGUUGUGUCCGCCGAUGCAUCAUCAGUUGGCUUAGGAGCAACGCUAUGCCACAAGUACCCAGACGGAUCCCUAAAAGUGGUACAACACGCAUCCAGAGCACUCAGCAAGGCGGAGAUUGGUUAUAGCCAAAUCGACAGAGAAGGACUGGCAAUAAUUUUCGCUGUAACCAAAUUUCAUCGUAUGAUAUACGGUCGUCAUUUCACACUGCAGACCGACCACCGACCAUUGGUACGCAUAUUUGGCAGUAAGAAAGGAAUUCCGACAUACACAGCAAACCGGCUGCAGAGGUUUGCACUAACUAUUCAGUUGUAUGACAUGGACAUCGAGUAUGUAGCAACAGGCUCAUUUGGAAACGCCGAUGUGUUAUCUCGGCUCAUACAUCAUCACGCCAAACCUGAAGCUGAAUACGUCAUCGCCAGCCUGGAGUUAGAAAACGACUUAAGCGCCUUGUUUGCGGAGUUUUGCAACAGCAGCGGGAUCGAGCAUAUCACGACAGCACCGUUCCAUCCGCAAUCAAAUGGACAGGCGGAGCGGUUCGUCGAUACGCUGAAACGAGCACUGCGGAAGAUCCAGAGCGACGAGACGUCCCUUGAUGAGGCCCUGGAAUUGUUUCUCAUGACGUACCGAUCGACACCAAACGCGCAGUUGAGCCAGCAGAAAUCUCCAGCUGAGGAAAUAAACUCAUGGAAGUGGAUACCGGGAAAGAUCGUUCGUAGCUGUGGACGCGUUAUGUAUGACGUCAUUGCGAGUGAUGGACGUUUACUUCGGCGCCACAUAAACCAAAUCAGGCGUCGUGCGGUAGCCCGUGCACCUGAGGGACAUCAGCUGCCGCUUGAUGUACUGUUAGAGGAAUGGUCUUCUUCUUCUUCCCGACCAGAGCCAACCCAGCCGGAGCUGGAACCAAUCGUAAGCGAGCCAACAGCGCUUUCACGGUCAUCGCCCGCUUAUUCAUCACUAGCAGCGACGACCCCGAUGGAUGUUCCUUUGACGACAUCCAGCUCGCUACCUCCUGCCGACCUCGACAACCGUCACGGAGUCGAGAGUACGCCUCACAAACCUUGA